AUGCGAGUGGUUUCGCAGAAAGAUUCUGCGCCGUUGACUGCCAAAAGUGGUAAUCCAAAUAUGCCUUCAUACGAUAAGACAACUCCCAAUCGACCAUUGGCACCAACUUUAAGUGCUUCGGCGAAUCGAGGAAACAAACCCAAGACGCCAUUAACUCCCAAAGUUUCGACUGCAAGACCUGCCUCAAGACAAUCACGUCCAGAAAAUACUACGCCAAAUAAUAUAAGAGACGAUUCAUCGACUCUCGGUCCUACAUCCAUGAAUGGUCAUAAUAUAACCGCAAGAUCAGGCACACGAAAGACUCGAUUUGAUAGUAUAAGUCAUUCACCAUCAGGAACUCCCAUACCUUCUGAAGGUCCUCGAUUAUAUGAUCCUACACAGAAUGCGUCUGGAUUGGGUAAUUCAGGGAUGGAGAGGGAUACAAUGAAACGAUCAACGGUAGCAUUCAGUCCUUCAAAUUCAGAGUUAAAUUGUUCACAAUCGUCACAAUCCUCUGCCGACUCCAAAUUCUUCUUUGCGAGUGAAGUAAAACCACAAAGUCACAGUACACAACAAACAAAGCCUGCGUUUUCUAAAAAACCUUCCGCCUUCUUUCAUGCCAAUGGAGAUAAAGUACCUAAGAAACAACCACCUCGUUCUGGAGCAUCGACCGUAGGAUCAACUCUGGGAGAGGAGAGAGGUCAUGCAAAGUUUUUCCAUGCCAAUGGCACACCGGAACUAGGACUAUCACCUUCACCACAAUUUGCGCCUCCUCGCCCGAGUUCGGUUCUCUCAACUCAUUCUCGAGUCACCUCGCCACGAUUGGCAAAUGCUACGACGACAUCCCCUUCACAACGACCCACGUCACCACAAAAAUUAAAUACUCAGUAUGCCUCAAUAUCAACAGCAAGAUCCCCCACGCCACUGGCUUCUCCGGUUUUACCUCGACCGAAAGCUGUGGUUCGUGGACAAUCGGCGAAUAAUAUCACACAGUCAAGAAGAACAAGUGGAGAUGGGGGGUAUGGACAUCAACGAAACACAAGCACAGGAUCAUCUAUGGAGAGAUUGGUAUUGACCAGGAAGGUUUCAUCAGGGGGUCAUUCGACGGAUAUACCAAAUCCAAUAACAAUCACAGAACCAUCGAGUCCCGCCUCAAUAUCACAUACGGAUGAGAUACCUGAGGGAGAGGAGGAGGAAGAGGAUGAGGAUGAGGAAAGUGAAGACGAGGAAGAGGAGGACGACGAUGAUGGGGAAUCACUGUCCUCUGAGGAUGAAGUAAUAGAAGAAGUACUCAAAGCUGGAGGUUCGAUAGAACGUAUGAACGAAUUAGCAGCUAUUGCACGAAAUGAAAGGAAGGUUUUAGAUCUGGAGAUUACGAACUCAUCACUUGCCGCUAUAAACCGAACUCUGGAACGAGAAAUGAGGAGGCAGACUGCGGAAUUGCGAAGAUACAAACGACUCAGUCGUUCGGGUCGAUUAUCUAUGGCCACGGGAGCCUCAUCACGUGCAACAAGUGGGACUUUGUCUGUUGUGGAUGAGAGAGAGGGUAAUGGUCUAUCGGAUAUUAGUCAAGAGAACUCUGAUCUUGAAGAUGAGGAAGACGACGAAGAAGAAGAGGACCCAUCUUCUGAAGAAGAUCUCAUUGAUGCCGGAACAUUAAGUCCAGGCGCAGUAGCUGAACAUGAUCUCAAACAUCGAAAGAAAGACGAAAAGAGAUUACGCCUCGACUUAUCAAAACAUCAACAGCUACUAAUCGACAGUCAAAAAAUGAAUCAAAGUCUCAAGAAAUGUUUAGGCUGGACUGAAGAACUUAUAAAUGAAGGAAAAAGAGCUUUAGAAUAUAAAGUCAAAACAAGCGAUAUAGAACCUCUCGCACCUCGCGUCUUAGCACCAGAUGAGUUCGACGAUAAUGAAGUUGAGAUGGAUAAUGAAGGCAUGUCAGCAAUUGGUGCAAGUCUUUUGAGAGAAGCGAGGAAAGCAGCAGCCGAACAGAAGGAUAAGGCAAAUAAUCUUACGGUGCCAACGGAAACAGAUGAACAAUUAGAGGAUUUAACUCAGGACAUUCAAUUCGCGCUUUUUGCAUCGGGGGAAUCAAGUGAGAUGCCGGUGAAUGAGAAGAGUGAGGAAAGACCAGAAUUGGUGCCGAUUGCUCCACCUACUAGUCCUUGGGUUUCGACUUUUACAUCGAGGUUGCAAACUCGUUCGUAG